CGCAGAGCGCGGAAUCCGAGUCUGCGCCAUGCCUCGCAGAGGCGUGUCCUCUAGCUCGCACGCUCGUAUUUAAUACAACAUAGAGGCAGCCUCUACUCGUCCACGGUCUCUCGCGGCGGAACAGCGGGUGCGCGCGCGAAAAUUCACGCUCCGAGGCAGGGAGGUACGCGAACGAGAGUAAACGAAGGGGAAAACCCGAGGAGGUAGCACCCGUGGCGAAUCCAUCAUCGCCGGCGGCGUGUCGCGGGAAGAGCGCGUUUCCCCCGUGGAAGAUGUAACGAUUUCCGCGCGGCCCUCUCGCCGAGGAAGGGGACAAGAGGAAACGGAGCCGCUGAAAGAGAGAGGAGGCGAGCAGCCCAGCGACGAUCGGCGGUGAUUUUCUAAUUCAAGGGGGAGGAACGCGUUUCGCCACCGGGAGGGAAGUUCAUGGCGUGAGGCGUCAUCGGCGCGCGGUGGGACUCGCCCGUUUUCUUCGCGGAGGAGAGAGAGAGCUGAAGCUCGCCGACAGUCAGGAUGCACGCGGUUGGAUUGCACUCGGCGCUGGCCAUCAAGCGUCAGCGAAUGCGCCGGGACGAGCAGCGUCGCGCGCGCGAGCGUCGUUAUAGCGCGCAAUCGGGCGAAAGCGGCCUGACGUCGCCUAGGGCCUCGACCGGAUCGCUGGACCAUCACGGCAGGCAUCGCAAGGGCACGCAUGGCGGGGCGCGCGUCGCCGGCCAGGGUGUGCUGGACACGAAGGUGGUCACCUCGAUCGGGAUGCUGCACAUCGGCGUGGUGUUCCUGGUCCUGGGCGCCUUCCUGCUGAUGAGCGGCCUGCUGCCGGGCGAUCUCGCCCACUGGGGCACGAAGGCAACCGGCGGCUGGUGGAACGAGCUGGUUGCGGUCGGUCUGUUCGCGAUCCUCGUCGGCAUCUUCCUGAUCGUCCUGAAUCGCGUGAUCGCGAAGAAGGAGGAGGACGACCUCGAGGAGUACGUUCAGCGGCAGCUCACCAGAUCCCGAUCCGGGCACCGAUUGGAGCGCGACGUGGAGACCGGCGGGCUGACCACCCGUCACGCCAGACGGGCGAAGCAGAUGAAGCAGGUGUCGUCGGACACCUGCCUCGAGAUCAAGGACAACGGCAAGAUCGAUGACGGCGGCGGCGGCGGCGGCGGCGGCGGCGGCGGCGGCUCGCCGCCAUGCAGUCCGCCGCCGGCAUACACGCCGCAGAUCGCAGUCAACAGCGACAAUCAGUCGGCGGUCCAGACGGCGCUGUACCUGGAGCAGAUCACCGAGGAGGAGAUCAUCAGCGACCGCGUCGAGACCUCGACCACCAACAGCCUCAGCCCGGGCUCGCCCAGCGAGACCCGGGAGCUGUUGCAGAACGCGCGAUACUCGAAGCAGAACGGGAAUCCGCAGCAGGUUCACCGGCCGCUCUACAUCUCCAAAAUCUAAACGGUAGAACCGAGGGAGGAGGGGGGAGGGGAAGAGGAGAAGGAUGAGACGCGAUGAUAUGUGGAUAACGCACACAGAAGAGAAGGCAAAAGCGCGCGAGAGAGUCCAUUUUUCAGCCAGAAAAAUUCUUCGCAUCUUCCGACCGCGGUAUUUUUAGGAGUGAAUUUCCGCAAAAUCGACGCCGGAAUGUCACGUACGAAGGGAUUGCGCUGAUAUCCGCGAUGAUGAAAUCGCGAGGAGGAAACGCGACGCGAAGAGGAACGCGAAGGCGAGGCGAAACGACGUCGUCCGGAAUCUAUGAGACACGCGAAAGAAAGGCGAAAUCCCCUCGUGGAUUAAGCGACGACUUUUCCGCGACGUAACGCUUUCCGUAUUCCCGAAAGGGGCUGAAAAGGGCGCAGUCGUUUCGCGUCGCUCGAACGAAGUUUCCCCCGGAGGAGAAGGGAAUUGAGGGAAGCUUGGAAAGCGAAACAUUCGAUAAUCAUAACACAUAAUCACAAACACACACGUAUAACACGUUCGAUGGACAAGGAAGAAAUCGAAUCAAGGACCAAGAACACUACCCGUGGAGAUUAUAUCGUAGAAAGAGGCACAACUUUACGAAACGACUUUGCUGUUAAAACGCAUUCUAUAUACAUAUAUAAAUACAUAUAUAUAUAUAUAUA